AUGCGUUUCCAAGCCCAGGCCCGGAAUGACCGUCAAGGGACUGCCCCGGGGUCUCGGCAGGACGGUGUUGGGGUACCCGCUCUGCUGGGGACAGGGCUGUGUCUCACCCCUGUUCUCUCCUUUCAGAUCGAUGACCCCACCAGCACCCUGGAGGAGGCAGUGAGUGAGGAUGAGGCCUCGGCCUCCGUGGAGAGCCUGGGAAGCCAGCAGGCCUUGAGUGCCGACUACCUGGGUUCCGAUUACCAGAGUGGACAGCUGUAUCCGUUCUCCCUUGGCGGGGAUGCCCCGGAGGCCUCGUUCACGCUCACAAAUUCGGCCCCGAUGACGCAGUCCUUCCGGGAGCGGUGGUACCUGAAUCUCGACAGCCUGACGGAGCGGGCCCUGGUCCCGCAGUGUGGCGACGGGGAAGACCUGUACCUCCUCACAGGCGCGGUGCCCUCGGACCGCAGGCUUCAAGACAGGGUGGCCAUCCCUGAGUUCGUCUGGCUGGCGGCCUGCUGUGCUGCCCCUGGCGGGGGCUGGGCCAUGGGGUUCGUCAAGCACGCCGGGGACAGCGACAUCAUAGAGGACGUGAUGGUGAGUGACCUCGAGAAGCUGCUUCCAUCCACCCCACAGCUGUUCCACAACAACUGCGGCGAGGACGAGCAGGACACGGAGAAGAUGAAGAAGAUCCUGGAAGUGGCCAACCAGGUCCAGGAGGAGGAGCGAGCCGUGCGGGCGCGGGACAGCGCCCGCGCCCCCGCCCCCAACAGCCCCAGGAGCCAGAGGGCUGCCCUGGCGCCUGCAGCGGUGCCCGAGGGAAGCGGCAGCCUCCUGGGAAAGCUCACGGGCUUCGUUGCCACCCCGUUCAUCCAGCUUUUCCGGUGGUUCAGUUACCUCGCGGUGGCAGUCCUGAAGGGCGUCGUCUGUUUCCUGUGGUGUGUUGCCAAGCAGGUGGUCCACGGCGUAGAGGGCUGCCUUUACCGCCUGGGCGCAGCCACCACCUCGUACUUCAUGGCCAUCGGGGAAGAGUUGGUGAGCAUACCCUGGAAGGUGCUCAAGGUCGUGGCCAAGGUCAUCCGGGCCGUCCUCCGGAUCCUGUGUUGUCUGCUGAAGGCUGUCUGCCGCCUUCUGAGCGUCCCUGCCCGCGUCCUCGUGGAUGUGGCUGCUUUCCCUGUGCACACCGUGGGCGCGAUCCCAGUUGUGUGCAAGGACAUCGCCGUGGGCCUGGGGGGCACUGUCUCGCUGCUCUUUGACGCUGCCUUUGGCACCGUGGGUGGCCUGUUCCAGGUGGUGUUUAGUGUCUGCAAGCGGAUCGGCUACAAGGCUACUUUGGACAAUUCUGGGGAGUUGUAGAACCCAAAAAACCAGGAGUGUCCAGUCCCGGUGAAUUUGAAGGCUCUAAUGUUUUGUCUGUGCAAUGGGUUUCUGUUCCCUGCCAGUUAUCACUGUAUUUUGCCUUUGGUGGGGAUGUCUGCUUGUUUUUGCAAAGGGAGAUGGCACAAUUAAACCUGACAGAAGAGACAUGUCCAGGGUGGGCUUAGGUAUACUGACCUGCUGUGCACCCCCUGUCACAUGUGCAAACUUCCAAGCAACUGAUACCUUCCGUUAUUUGCUGUGCUAUAGAUGACUGCCUGAAAUGCUUUGGUAUUCACUUGUGAUUAAUUAAAAAUUACAGAGGAGGGAAGGAUGGAAAGAGGACAGUUUCAAACCAAAGGGUUUCUGAGAGAAGGAGAAAGGAAUCUUGUUCCUCUUGUUACUCUCUUUGACUUGAAGCAAAACAGAUAAAAAUAUCUGCAGCCGCUGUCUCAGCACAUGCCUCUCUGCCAGCUCAGCUGACUUUGGUGACACGCAGAUGGUGCCUCUCUCUUGAAGUGACUUCCUUGAGGACGAGGCUUGGCUCCAUCUCUUAGCUUUCCAUGGGUCCCGAGGAUGCACAGAGUUUUUAUUUUCCUUCAAAGUUGAAUUUUGCUGCAUUUUUCUUUUAGGUAACAAUAAUGAUAAGCAUCUUCAGAGUCAUUUUGGGCCAUGAUAAGCAUUUUGUGCCAAGUGUGGCAUUGCAGAGUUUGAAUGUAAAGGACAGGGUGUUUCUUGCCCCGUGAAUGGUGUCAUGCCGUCCCCUCAGGGGCAAAGAAGAGAACACGGGGGCAGCCCUGCUCUUAGAAGGUGCUGUGGGCCAAGGGCAUUCUUAGCCGGCCUUGGAUGAACUUGACAUGCGUGAACGCUCUGGCUGACAAGACUGAGCUCAAAGAUCGGCAUGGCGAGUUGACAUAAAACUUCAUAUUCUGUAACUUUCUAAUGCAUGCAAUAAGUGCCCAGUACAGCAAAGCACUCUGACCCAUGUCACCCAAUGAUUGUUUGGGUUGCAACCAUAAAGAAAGGCACCACAAAGCAAACAUAAAAAGUAUUCUGGCCCUCUCUGGAGGAAAAAUAUAUAUAUGCAUGUAUGCCCACACUUAAGAAUCAUGAUUUCUUAGGAAAUUAUUUUUAUAGUGUGUUUGAGGCUACAGAACAUAACUCCCUCAUCAAUGCAAAUUGUUUGAGAGCUCAUUCCCAAUUUUUGAUCACGCGCUUGGCAUUUUGCAUUCCGCACUGAAAAUGGUCAUGCUUUCAGUUACCAGAACUAAAACUAAAGAGGGACCAAACUCCUUCCUGCUGGGAUGGCGUCCUCUGGCUCUGUCUGGGUGUUUGGAAGAGAGUCUGCAGAGUAGGACAGGGCCGAGUGUGGAAUACUGAUGGUGGGGUCCAUCUGUCCAGCCCAUGAGUCAUCAGCAAGUUAGAUGCAGAAAUCUGGGGUCCAGAGAGGCAACAGGGUGAACAGGGUGUCUACAGCUUGCAUGGGUUUGGUGGAUGAGAAAAACGUGUGUCAAGAGUUAACCUUGCAGACAGUUGAGUAGCACCCUGAAUGGAGCAGCAGCUAGCAUGCUGCCGUCCUGGCCAAUUUUGAGCAAGGUCCAUGCUACGGAGUGGUGCACAGAUGAGUCUAAGAACCUUAAAGCUGAUAAAGGUUUUAUCAGCCCUUCUCCUGGGGAGCAUGACUGUCUGCAGCUGGAUGUCCUUCUGGUUCAGCUGCAUGAAUGUCAGUGGAAGGGUGAGGGUCUGCCUGGCACCGGUGGCCAGAUCCUGCUGGGUGGAAGAAAGGGAAGCUCAGAAGUGACCGGGGGGACAGUCCAGCCCCAGUCUGACGAGGAGUCAGGCCCAGGAGGCCACGGGCUUGUCCUUGGCUUCAUAGCUCGCUGAGAGCAGGUCAGCGGCCAAGGCCGUCUGCACGUGUCCCAUCACCCUGGGACAUCAGACACAGAGUGUGCCAUUACUCGGCUGCCUCCCUGGACCCAGCAGGACUUCCCACCCUCCAGACAGACUCCUGGCCCUGCCCGGGCAGAUGAGCUUGGCGUGUGCGAUGGAGACGAUCCUCCGUCCACGCGCGUCCUCGUGCUUGCUGCGCCCCUGGAGCCUCGGCUCCCUCGCAGCACGUUUGUGUCCAAGAGCCCCACGGGGCAUUCAUGGCAGCUGGAGCCCUCAGCACCAGCGAGGAGCUUGCCAUCCAGAUGACUUCUUGGGAACCGUCUAGAAGUGUCUCCUCUAUGUCCGGUUGUUUAGUGUCUCCUUGCUUGUUCCGGUGCAGCCUCUCUUGAAGUCUGGGAAGGGACAAUAAGACAAAAAGCACCCAUCAGGCCAAGUGUCUGAGACCCCCCAGGUGCCGCCGACCUUCCGGACCAGCUUUUGCCCCUGCGAGGGGCUGGCCCGCUGGCUGUUCCCAGCGAGCUCUUUCAGGCUUUGAGGUGGGAGUCGGUGGACGCGCCCCAGGUCCGGCUCGCAGACCUCGCGGCGGCUCUGCUGUCUCCGUCCUGGAGGGCCCGCUGCCCCUUUGUCACCACGGAGCUGGUUUUCCGGUCUGUGGGUCAGCUAUGCCUUUGAGCACCCCUCUUUUCUCUUUUCCGUGCUGGACGCCCUUCUUUUCUGGUGCCUUCACACUCAGCGCCAGCGUGUCUGCUUGUGGGCCGACCUGGGAUUGGGCGGAGGAGCCAGGGUGAAGCGCCUUCAGUCAUUCCCUCAUUCUCCAUCCAUCCAUCCAUCCAUCCAUGAAUCUACCCAAUGUGCGUCCGGACAUCAAGGCUGCAGAGGCGAGUGGUGCAUGGAUUUCAUCUCGAGGAGUCCGAAGUCCGGUAGAGAGAGCACAGGGUACCAUUGUUACUUGUAACACAUCAAGUUUGAGUGAGGCGGAGUGGAGGCCCUGGCGGCAUGCUCCCUGGAGCACGGAGGGGGUGGGGGGAAGGGAACGCAAAGCCAUGGGCAUGGGGAAGCCUUUGCAGAGGACGUGGCGAAGUGGGUUCCACAUUUCCAAGCUCUGUACAAUGCUGGGCACCUUGCAGGUGCGCAAUAAAGUAACUGUGGACGACCGGU